AUGCCGUCAAGAUGCGAUUAUGUACAAUUGCGGGCUCACCGAGAACUCAAACUCUGGAUCAUAUCAAGUCAGCAGGCGGUAGUUGUUGGAAUUGAUGCGAUUGCAAAGAUGGGACCUGAACACCAACCGAUACGCUUGAAAAUGGUUCUAUCCAGUGGAGCAGACAUCGCACACCGGAAAACGCCUGAUAGUACCUUUGCGAGCAGACGAAUCUCACCAUUGCAUCCACGCCUAAGAGGAAUCAUCGGGCUUAUGUGGCAAGGAACAACCCGCAUUAACGCCAGAAGAGCAGCGAAAACGUCAACAUCUUGCCUGGCCUUCUGA